GUAACACCCAGAAACUGGAAACUCAAUAUAGCAAGACGGGAUGUAGACACAACUUCUACUCCUUAAGAGUUGUCAAAAGCUGGAAUUCGCUGCCGGCCGAGCUAGUCCAAGCGACUUCUCAGGAGUCCUUCAAGAGGCAACUUGACCUAUUCUUAAGGACCAAGGACAGUAUCAUACUAUGAUUUACCAAUUUCUUUUCCUCUUUUAUUCUUAACAUACCUAGGUUCCUGCCUGGAGGAUUUGGUGAUCCCCUGCUACUAGACACGGAAGCCUGUUAAGCGAAAGCUUCUUCUAUUCCGUCCACAACCAUUUUAACCAUUUUAGCAGUCCGCUUAAAUUAAAGGUAUGUGUUACAGUUAUGAAGUUGUCGGACCUGAAAAUAAAUAGGCAGCCUCUAGAUCAUUCUCGAACAAAAGAAAUUAUAUCAAGAGUAGCUAGUUUAAUUGAAGAAGCCGAAAAAGUCAAAGUUGAUUCAAUGGAAGGUGAAGCUGAUGAUGGUCGAUACAUUGAAUUAGAUUUGCUAAUACCUUCCGAUGCAAACGACGAACAAUUGAAACUUCCAGUCGAUUUUUCAGGCUCAUCAACUGAGAAUGAAGAUUCAUCUUCAGAAUCAGAAAGUGAAUUUCGUGAAAUAAUAAUGCCAUCUCAAGUUAGACUUAGUUCAGCAGUUUUACCUCCUUGUACAUCUCGCAAACUUAUAGAAGAACUAAAAUCUGUUUGUACUGAUGAUUGCGUAAUAUAAGCUCACUUGUAAA